AUGGAACAACUCCCCACAUCUCAUGAGCCCCCAGCGCACCCAGCGCACCCAGCGGAAGCAACCUCUAACCCGAAUUCCAAUAAUACAGAGGCACUCUCACCCUCUCCGCCUCCCCAACCUCCAACAGCCCUCACACCAGGUCCCCGCGCGCAAGCCUUCACAACUCUCUACCAAAAGACCCUCAAGGCAACCCUCAGCGCAAUACCCUACGACGCAUUCGCAGAAUGCUUUCCUCAUAUAGCCGCGGAAGCCCCCGCAGCACUCAACGCAUAUCACGGGCAAAUGGUUUCGCGGCUGAGGAGUUUAGCUUUAGAUGAAUUCGACACCAUCCUCCAAGAACGCAAUGUAGUCCACCAUCUCAAUGCCCUCGAAGACAUAAUAGCGGAUGCUCGACGUCGUCAGCGCUCCUAUCCCAGUCCUCCUCCGCAACAACCACCGCAUACACUCCCCCCGGAGGCUCUAUUAAACGCACAUCUAGCGCCUCAUCUGGCAUCCCAGCAAUCGCUGCUUAAUGCUAAGCUACAGACGGUGGAAUCGCAGAAUGCGGCGUUGGUGCAGAAGAUUGAGAGUCAGAGGAGGGAGAUGGAGGGCUUGGUAGGCGAUUUAGAAGCGGCUGUGGCGGAUUUGGAGGGCGCUGGGGAUCUGGUGGGGGAGGAGGGGGAGAAGUUGGCAGGAGAGGGGAGGGAGGUGCUGGGUGUUUUGGGGAGUUGA